AUGCAACGGCGAACUCGCACAGUUAAAGUCUACACGGAAAAGACAACAGAUGAAGAUUCAGAUGAACUGUGAGUUUUAACUUAAGUUAGGAAUCGUGUAUGGAAUUAAUUUGAUCAAAAUUGUGUUGUUGAGUGUGUAUUCUAAAGCUUCUAUAUUCACAGUUCCCCUUUUGAUCAGUUUUCAAUAACACAAGCCUCUGUUCCCUUAGUAGUCCACACACACAGUCAGAGAGUGAAGAUGAGAUUGAAGAAUGGCAGCCAGAAUCCAAGGCCCCCAAGAGGCAGCUGAAAGCUCAGCCAGGCGAGAAGAAGCCAGCGGUGAAGAGGCAGGCUAAACCUAAGGAACCUAAAGAGCCCAAGGAGUCCAAACCCAAAGCCCCACGCAAACCAGUGGAGAGGAAGCCCCGAGCUCCCAGAGCCCCUAAAGAACCCAAACCCCCUAAAGCUCCCAGAGCCCCUAAAGCUCCCAGAGCAGCAAAAGGCAGUAAGAAGCAGCAGGCUCUAUUAGAGGAAGAGGCUGGAGGAGCCAAUCAGACUAACUCCAUCUGUGAUGCAGCGGAGUCCCAGCAGUCAGCCAGGGUCAAGGAGGAGGUAAGAGUCCUGAAAACUCUGCACCUGUUUAGUAAGCUUUUAUUACUCUAGUAAUGAUAUUGUGUUAAUUUUGUUAGACAUUACUUGCUUUGUAAUUGCAUUGCGUUAAUGGAGUUGAGUGGUACAGUGUAAUACAAACUGCUCAACUUGAUUUCUAUGAAAUUACAACACAUUUGGCUGUACAUAAUGGUAGAGACACCUCACUGACUGACUUCACCACUUUUUAUAUCAGGUCAGUGUUUAUAUACUCCUUUCCUGGAUGUCUUUCAGAGGCUGUCCUUCAUUGUGCCCGAUGGAUCCUGCAACGACAACAUGUCCAGAGCAGGGGGCGGGUGGUCUGAGGGGCCCUCCUCCAGCCAUCAGCUUUAUGGGUUGAAGAAGGAAGAGCCUGAGGAGGACUUCACGUUCGAUGAGCCUUCUCUGAAGAGACAGAAGACCACCAGUGCCCCUCAGGGCAGGCCCACCAGACUGCCCACCUCAGGAAGAGGCUUUGGAGAAGACCUGAACAUGAACUGGGACCUUAUUCAAGUAAGUCCUUGGAGUAAUUCAACAACAAACCAUAUUUUUCAGCACUAACCUAAAUAAACUAAACAGUUGCUAUACUGUUGUGCCAAACCACAAAAUAUGUAAAUAGCUGGUCUGACUGAAUGGCACCUUAAAAUCCCCUGAAAAGUAGUUGACCAUUGCAAGCAAUGUAUGUUUCCAGAUGAAUCUAGUAUUAUGCACAUGGUACUUUGAUUCCACUGUGAUGAUGCAUUCUCCUCUGUGUGUUGUCAGUUGCUGUCUGAGAGGACAGGGGUGGAGCAGUGGGUGUGUUUGAACAUUUCCCAGCUCUUCAGAGAGGAGAACACCAUUCCCUUUAUAGUGCGCUACAGGAAAGAGAUGAUCAACCACAUGGACGCAGACGCCGUGAGGGACUUGCAGCUGGUGCUGGAGGAGAUCUAGUGAGGAACUUAUUAGUGGGGAGCUAUACUAGUUUAUUAGACUGGAAUAGAAAAUAGUAUUUGACUUCACCAUAAGUAACAUAAGAUAAUCAAACAAACAUUUCAUAAUACCCAGUCGUGUAAAGUACUUAAGUAAAAAUACUUGAAAGUACUACUUAAGUAAUUUCUUUGGGUAUAUGUACUUUACUAUUUAUAAUGUUGGACUACUUUUACUUUUACUCCAUACAUUUUCCUUGACACCCAAAAGUACUCGUUACAUUUUGAAUGCUUAGCAGAACAGGACAAUUGUCUAAUUCACACACUUAUCAGGAGAACAUCCCUGGUCAUCCCUACUGCCUCUGAUCUGGCGGACUCACUAAACACAUUUGUAAAUGAUGUCUGAGCAUGCCCCUGGCUAUAUGUAAAAUAAAAUAAAACAAGAAAAUGGUACGGCCUGCUUUGCUUUAUAUAAGGAAUUUUUACUUUUGAAACUUAAGUAUAUUUUAGCAAUUACAUUUACUUUUGAUACUUAAGUAUAUUUAAUACCAAAUACUUUUAGACUUUUACUCAAGUAGUAUUUUACUGGGUGACUUUUACUUGAGUCAUUUUCUAUUAAGUUAUCUUUACUUUUACUCAAGUAUGACAAUUGGGUACUUUUUCCACCUCUGAUAAUACCCUGCAUACUGUAUAUUUGUAUGUCUGCAUAAAUAACUUACAAGCAGUCAGUGCAAUGACAGACCAUCCCCAUUAGAUGGCGUCAAUUAGACAAGUUGGGUAAUAUUAUAGUUGGAGAUUGUUCAGAGUAUUUCAUCUGUGUUUGUGUGUGUGUGUGUGUCCAUGCAUGUUUGAUCUGUGUGAUCCUGUGAUUUCUCUAGUGCACUGGCGAAGAAGGCGCAGACUAUCAGUCAGACUCUGAAGAAGGAGGGAGUCCUGACUGCUGAGCUGGAGCGGGCUCUGAGGAACUGCAGGACCGCUGAUGAACUGGACCACGUGGUGAGUGAGAGCAGUCUACUUAGGGUUGCAAAGGGAUGGAAUGUUACCAGUAUUUUUUAUUUUUUUACCAGUAAACUACCGGAAUUCUGGAAACUUUCAAGGAUUUUAGGGAGUUUUCAUAUAAUGUCAAACAUUAUCCUAAAUAUAACCCAUCAACUUCAUGAAUUCCGUUCAUGUUUAAUAUUUUUCCAUAGAUUACCAAAAUUACCUAUUAAUAACCAACAUUUCAGAAUAUUCCAACUUUGGUAAAUUACAGGGAGUUUUGCAACUCUAGGUCUACUGACCAGAACUGGACCGUGCAUGUACAGUUGAAGUCGGAAGUUUACAUACACCUUAGCCAAAUACAUUUAAACUCAGUUUUUCACAAUUCCUGACAUUUAAUCCUAGUAAAAAUUCCCUGUCUUAGGUCAGUUAGGAUCACCACUUUAUUUUAAGAAUGUGAAAUGUCAGAAUAAUAGUAGAGAGAAUGAUUUAUUUCAGCUUUCAUUUAUUUCAUCACAUUCCCAGUGGGUCAGAAGUUUACAUACACUCAAUUAGUAUUUGGUAGCAUUGCAUUUAAACUGUUUAACUUGGGUCAAACGUUUUGGGUAGCCUUCCACAAGCUUCCCACAAUAAGUUGGGUGAAUUUUGGCCCAUUCCUCCUGACAGAGAUGGUGUAACUGAGUCAGGUUUGUAGGCCUCCUUGCUCGCACACGCUUUUUCAGUUCUGCCCACAAAUGUUCUAUAGGCUUGAGGUCAGGGCUUUGUGAUGGCCACUCCAAUACCUUGACUUUGUUGUCCUUAAGCCAUUUUGCCACAACUUUGGAAGUACGCUUGGGGUCAUUGUCCAUUUGGAAGACCCAUUUGUGACCAAGCUUUAACUUCCUGACUGAUGUCUUGAGAUGUUGCUUCAAGAUAUCCACAUAAUUUUCCUUCCUCAUGAUGCCAUCUAUUUUGUGAAGUGCACCAGUCCCUCCUGCAGCAAAGCAACCCCACAGCAUGAUGCUGCCACCCCUGUGCUUCACGGUUGGGAUGGUGUUCUUCAGCUUGCAAGCUACCCCCUUUUUCCUCCAGACAUAACGAUGGUCAUUAUGGCCAAACAGUUCUAUUUUUGUUUCAUCAGACCAGAGGACAUUUCUCCAAAAAUUACGAUCUUUGUCCCCAUGUGCAGAUGCAAACGGUAGUAUGGCUAUUUUGUGGCGGUUUUGGAGCAGUGGCUUCUUCCUUGCUGAGCGGCCUUUCAGGUUAUGUCAAAAUAGGACUCGUUUUACUGUGGAUAUAGAUACUUUUGUACCUGUUUCCUCCAGCAUCUUCACAAGGUCCUUUCCUGUUGUUCUGGGAUUGAUUUGCACUUUUUGCACCGAAGUACGUUCAUCUCUAGGAGACAGAACGCGUCUCCUUCCUGAGCGGUAUGACGGCUGCGUGGUCCCAUGGUGUUUAUACUUGCGUACUAUUGUUUGUACAGAUGAAUGUGGUACCUUUAGGCGUUUGGAAAUUGCUCCCAAGGAUGAACCAGACUUGUGGAGGUCUACAUUUUUUUUUUCUGAGGUCUUGCCUGAUUUCUUUUGAUUUUCCCAUGAUGUCAAGCAAAGAGGCACUGAGUUUGAAGGUAGGCCUUGAAAUACACUGCUCAAAAAAAUAAAGGGAACACUUAAACAACACAAUGCAACUCCAAGUCAAUCACACUUCUGUGAAAUCAAACUGUCCACUUAGGAAGCAACACUGAUUGACAAUACAUUUCACAUGCUGUUGUGCAAAUGGAAUAGACAACAGGUGGAAAUUAUAGGCAAUUAGCAAGACACCCCCAAUAAAGGACUGGUUUGCAGGUGGUGACCACAGACCACUUCUCAGUUCCUAUGCUUCCUGGCUGAUGUUUUGGUCACUUUUGAAUGCUGGUGCUUUCACUCUAGUUAUAGCAUGAGACGGAGUCUACAACCCACACAAGUGGCUCAGGUAGUGCAGCUCAUCCAGGAUGGCACAUCAAUGCGAGCUGUGGCAAGAAGGUUUUCUGUGUCUGUCAGCGUAGUGUCCAGAGCAUGGAGGCGCUACCAGGAGACAGGCCAGUACAUCAGGAGACGUGGAGGAGGCCGUAGGAGGGCAACAACCCAGCAGCAGGACUGCUACCUCCGCCUUUGUGCAAGGAGGAGCAGGAGGAGCACUGCCAGAGCCCUGCAAAAUGACCUCCAGCAGGCCACAAAUGUGCAUGUGUCUGCUCAAACGGUCAGAAACAGACUCCAUGAGGGUGGUAUGAGGGCCCGACGUCCACAGGUGGGGGUUGUGCUUACAGCCCAACACCGUGCAGGACGUUUGGCAUUUGCCAGAGAACACCAAGAUUGGCAAAUUCGCCACUGGCGCCCUGUGCUCUUCACAGAUGAAAGCAGGUUCACACUGAGCACAUGUGACAGAGUCUGGAGACGCUGUGGAGAACGUUCUGCUGCCUGCAACAUCCUCCAGCAUGACCGGUUUGGCGGUGGGUCAGUCAUGGUGUGGGGUGGCAUUUCUUUGGGGGGGCCGC